AUGACUAAUAAAAUCUACAACGCAGGAUAUGAAGAACAUGCGACACAUACCGUCAUUGGAGAGAUAAUAAAAACAAGAUUUGCUGGCCAAGGUAGUGGACCACGUCCAAAUGAGAUUAUUCAACUAAUGCUAGGAGAUCACGAUGUUAGGAUAUCUUAUUGGAAAGCAUGGCGGUCUCGUGAAGUUGCACUCGACUAUGCAAAAGGCUCAUGUGCAACAUCAUAUACAAUGCUUCCUGAUUAUCUCCAGCGCCUAGUACUUGCAAAUCCAGGGACUUUAGCCGAAAUCCAUACAAUUUACGAUGCUGGAGUUGGUCAUAGGUUCAAGUACAUGUUUCUUGCUCUUGGUGCAAGUAUCGAUGGAUUCAAGCAUAUGCGUAAUGUAAUUAUCAUUGAUGGAGCUCAUUUGAAAGGGAAAUAUGCUGGUUGCCUACUCACCGCUUCAGCUCAGGAUUGUAAUUACCAGGUUUUUCCUACGGUGGGAAUUGUUGACGGAGAAAAUGGCAAUGUGUGGGAGUGGUUUCUAAAAAUGCUAUUGCAAUUCAUUCCAAAUGAAGACAAUGUUGUAUUUGUAUCGGACAGACACUCUUCCAUUUACAAUGCAAUAUCAAAGGUGUAUCCAGAAGCAAAGCAUUGUGCAUGUAUCUUACAUCUGAAAUGCAACAUCCAAACGUAUUUCAAAAACAAACAUCUCGGUUACUUGGUGGGCAAGGUGGCGAGGGCAUUUCAACUCAGUGAAUUUUACACAACGUUCAAUGAAAUAAAGAACAUCAAUGCUUCAUGUGCUGAAUACCUAUUAGAUAUUGGUUUAGAGCACUGGGCCCGGUCACAUUUCUCUGGAAAUCGCUACAACCUCAUGCCAAGCAAAGUAGCAGAGACAUGGAAUUCUAUUCUUCGAAAUGCAAGAGAGUAUCCGAUCAUGGAUUUAGUCGAGUACAUCCGAUCAAAACUGAUGAAAUGGUUUGCACAAAGACGUGAUGUAACACAAUAUCCCAAUGGUAAGUUAACUCCACGUGUGAAAGGGAUUGUUGAAGAAAACUUCAAGGAAGAGACAUUUGUGUAG